UAUUAACAGCGGCCAUGAAGCAGGUAGUUGAUGUGGAAGAAGAGACUUGACAAACACAAGUGAAGAUACAACAAACUCAGGGAAGUUCUUGGUCCUUUGUGGUAGUUCAGCUGGUAGACGAGAAUCAGGGAGCAUCAUAACACCACCUUGACCUGAACCUCCACGAAAGAAAAAGGAAGAGGACACAGCAAGUAGAGGGAUAACUACAAGUUUUAAUUGUUCUUCAACGAGGAGUCGGAACCUUCAUGUAAGCUUCGCGUGUUAUAGAGGAGGAGGAUCUUCAUGUGAUACAAAUUUAUUACAGUAGAGGAGGAAAAUACCAGUCAUGGUUGUGGUGCUGUGGCAGAACUGGGGAGAACACGUGGGUCGCCAGUUGCCACACUUCUUGGCCGGAGCGACGCUUACUGACGUGACCAUCUCUGUGGGGUCGAGGAGCAUCAAGGCUCAUCGCAUUAUUUUAGCUUUCUUCAGCACAUACUUUAGAAAAAUGCUGGAGGAAGUCAGUGAAGAGCGCCCAAUGGUGGUAGUCUUUCCUGGAGCCAAUUUUGACGCUUUACAAGUCAUCAUCGCAUAUAUGUACCGUGGACAGGUGAAUGUUCCUGGUGAGCUUCUUCCACAUGUUAUUGAACUGGCCAAGCUGCUUAAAGUUAAAGGGCUUAUUGAGCUUCCUGCACAAUUGGACUCGGUCAUCACUGGGUCAGGAGGGAAGGUUAACCACGAGGUCAUAACACACGAUAAUGAAGAGUCUCAGGAUAUGUGUCUUGAGGGUGAAGGGAUGGUAGAGCUGGAGGUAACGGCCGGUGAGCCUGACCAUUUAUCCGUCACCUCCAACUCUUCACUGUCGACUCAACACCAACAUCGUGAUAAUCCGUCGCAGGCACAGAGAGUCAACGCUAAGGCAACUGGUGUGGAUAUGAAGACAGAUGAAGUGGCCAACAGUACUGAGCAUGUCCUGAUCCAGCCAGAGGACAUCCAGCUGUCUACAGUAGAUGAUCUCACUCCUACACAUAUAGUAAAGCUCAGCGAGGACGGGACCAUGGGUGAGGUGUUGUUUAGCGGCGACUACAUCCACGGUGACGGGUCCACGGAGGAACACACGUCGGCCGAUGACUCCACCUCUCUGCAGGAAGAUCAAGAGUACUGGACAGCCAAGAAGAGAAGAAAAGUAAUGUACAAAUUUGCCAGAUAUGGACCAGAGGAUCUCCAGAGAGCAAUAGAAGAUGUACGUUCUGGGGUGGGCUCACUACGAGAGAUCGCUGAGAGAUGGGGCGUCCCACACUCCACGCUCUCUGUUAAUGCGAGACUGGCGGGAGUAUCGGUCCAGCAGCGAAACUUGGACUAUGACGGUGAAACUCUAGAAGCAGCAAAACAGGCUGUUAAAGCUGGGUCAAGUUACAUGAAGGUAGCACGGGAGUACAACAUACCCAAGUCAGUGUUAUGGCGGAGGUGUCAGCGGGAGGGAGUGCUGAGGGAGGAGACGCCUCGCUCCUACAACUAUUCCCCAGAUGAUCUCAACCAGGCACGAGAGAUGCUACUGAAUGGCUGUACGCUCUCACACAUUGUAAAAGAAACUAAGAUCCCCAAAACGACAUUAUUCCGCUUGAAAGAACAGUUAGUGCGCGAAGGAAAGAUGCCGGCAUCAUGUAUCAACAGACUCAUGAGACCUCGGCGAGUCUCAGAGGUGUCAGUCCAGCAGGCUAUUGCAGCGUGUAAGGAGGGAGGCAUGUCACAGAGUCAAGCCUCUGAAAAAUACCAGGUAUCAAAAACAACUGUGUGGCGUCGCCUUAAACAACUAAAGCAAGAAGACUCCACUGCAGACUCUGAUGUUAAAAUUGAGGUCAUAGAAAACCUACAGAGUGACCAUUUAAACAACACCUACGACGAAGAGAUCCCCAUGAAGUACACCGAGGACGGAGCCUUGAGGUACGUAGAGACCGUCACCAGCCAGAGUCACGUGGAGAAGACCCUCGACUACACCACCGUCACCACAAGUUACAACACCUCAGGGAACACUGAAAAAAUCCUUCACAGACGAGACCAAAAUAUCCAGGAGCCGAAGAUACAGAACAGUAAAGGCGACGCUCUGGCAACAGUGUCCGACUCUUCCAUGGUGACUAGUGAAGGACGGGAUAUUGUGAUGACAUCGUCGCAGUCGUCAUCUUUUAUGAAGAGCGACCACCUGGGGAUACUGACCAAUGAGGGGCACAUAAUCCACAGUGGAGGUCCUCUGACCAUCACCCAGGGAGGCAAGAUUAUGACCGAGACAGAAGGCUCAGCAGAUGGUCCUGGGAACCCUCGAUUUGAACUUGAGAUGCCUCUUAUGAACUUGCCAGGGGGAGGUUACCAGGUUGUUGGCAGUGAGAUAGUGAUCGGCGGACAACAGAUGGUGGUGCUGGAGCCGCCUGAAUCGUCCCAACACCACCAGACUAACCCUGACCAUCACCACCUGGUUGUGGCCUCCUUCAGCCAGAUGGAUGGUCUUGAUGAUCUGUCGAAGGUGGAUAGAACAGUUAAUGUAGAUAAUUUACAACCUGCAGCACAACAUGGGACAAUGACCGGCCAGACUGAUACAGGAGCUGAAGCCUCUCAGAAUCUUUCAUAACAGUUGGAACCUCCAGCAUACUGUACAAGAGAUCCACAUCGGAAUGUUUCAGACUGCCGCUUGCUGUUGUUGAUUAAGAAAUGUACAGCAAGUCAAGUACAAUUUUCUUACUACAAGCUUGUUAAAUAUUGUUAUUUUAUAUUGAACUCAAGUGUAAAAGUUGUGUUACUGAUUUUUUAAAAGCACAAGAAUGUACAGUACUACAGUACAGUAAUAGAUUUUGAAUAUUUUUACUUGAAAUUCCAAAGUUUAAAUGUAUAGGAUAAUUUAACACACUUGUCUAUAUGUGCUGUUAGGGCUAAAAGUUAUUGUUGUUAUCCCAGGUUACAGCCAAACAAAGGUCUGUGGUGAUGCACUGUUGUUGUGGCAGUACAGUAUGACCUCAUUCACCUUCUGCAUAAAGGACAACUCCUGUUUCUGUAAAGACCCUUAUACAGUAUUAGGGCUCUGAUCACAGGAGGAAAGUGAAACACUGCAUUGAAAUGGUCCAAACAGUUUAAUUAAUCCAAACUUAAUUUGGAGAUUUAUAAAGGCUCUGAGCCCAUGCACUUACUGUACCUUAUUGCCUAAAACAUGUCUCUCAGUCCAGCUUUGGUUAUAAAAUGGGAGUUAGGAACUUGAGGGUCAAUCUUCCAUUCACCUUUAUGUAUACCUUUAUUAAAAAUAUUAAAUUGGGUGACACAACCAGUUUCAA